AUGGCUCCUUGGCCUGAGUCGGAAAAUGCCCAGCCAGACCCCAACAAAUACCUGGAGGGGACCGCCAGCCAGCAGUCUGCCGUGGCCACCAAAGGUGGAGAGGCCAUCAAGAAUGCCUCUGGAAACCCUGGUCCCCAGAUGGAAUUUCUGCCUGCCUACUCCACGCUGACACUGGUGGAGACCCCCUCAGAGGUGGGAGACCCCUGGAAGCUGCCUGAACUUCAGGACACAGGGAUCAAGUGGUCAGAGAGAGACACCAAGGGGAAGAUUCUGUGUGUACUGCAAGGCAUUGGGAAGUUCAUCCUCCUCCUGGGAUUCCUCUACUUUUUCGUAUGCUCCUUGGAUGUCCUGAGCAGUGCCUUCCAGCUGGUUGGAGGCAAGGUGGCUGGGAAGUUCUUCAGUGAUGACUCUCUGUUGUCCAACCCUGUGGCCGGGCUGGUGAUCGGGGUGCUGGUGACUGUCCUGGUGCAGAGUUCCAGCACCUCCUCAUCCAUCAUCGUCAGCAUGGUCGCCUCCUCACUGUUGACGGUGCACGCCGCCAUCCCCAUCAUCAUGGGGGCCAACAUCGGCACCUCCAUCACCAACACCAUUGUGGCCCUCAUGCAGGCAGGAGACAGGAACGAGUUCCGGAGGGCGUUCGCAGGGGCCACUGUCCACGACUUCUUCAACUGGCUCUCGGUGCUGGUGCUCUUGCCCCUGGAGGCGGCCACCCGUUACCUGGAACUCUUGACGAACCUUGUGGUGGAGUCCUUCCAUUUCAAGAAUGGCGAAGACGCCCCGGAGCUUCUCAAAGUCAUCACGGACCCCUUCACAAAGCUCAUUGUCCAGCUGGAUAAGAAAGUCAUCAACCAGAUUGCAAUGAAGGAUGAAGCCGCCCAAAACAAGAGUUUGCUUAAGAUCUGGUGCACGACUUUCACCAACGUGACCGAGAUGAAUGUCACCGUCCCCUCAUCUGUGAAUUGCACGUCCCCUUCGCUCUGCUGGCAAGAUGGGCAACAUGUCUGGACCACGAAGAACGUGACCUACACGGAGAACAUCGCCAAAUGUCGCCACAUCUUUGUCAAUUUAAACCUCCCGGACCUUGCCGUUGGCCUCAUCCUCCUGCUAACCUCCCUCGUGGUCCUCUGCCUUUGCCUUGUCAUCAUUGUCAAGAUCCUGAACUCUGUGAUGAAGGGACAGGUUGCCGCGGUCAUCAAGAAGACCCUCAACACUGACUUCCCCUUCCCCUUUGCCUGGCUGACUGGCUAUCUGGCCAUCCUGGUGGGGGCGGGCAUGACCUUCAUCGUGCAGAGCAGCUCUGUGUUCACGUCUGCUUUGACCCCUCUGAUUGGCAUCGGUGUGAUCACCAUUGAGAGGGCGUACCCCCUCACGUUGGGCUCCAACAUCGGCACCACCACGACUGCCAUCCUGGCCGCCUUGGCCAGCCCGGGCAGCACCUUGAAGAGCUCACUCCAGAUCGCGCUGUGCCACUUCUUCUUCAAUAUCUCGGGCAUCCUGCUCUGGUACCCGAUCCCCUUCACCCGGCUGCCUAUCCGUCUGGCCAAGGGGCUGGGCAACAUCUCCGCCAAGUACCGCUGGUUCGCCAUCUUCUACCUCAUCUUCGUUUUCUUGCUGACCCCGAUGGCGGUGUUUGGCCUCUCGCUGGCCGGCUGGCCAGUGCUGGUAGGCGUGGCCGUGCCCAUCCUCUUCCUGCUGCUCCUGGUGGUGCUGCUGCGGCUCCUGCAGGCCCGCUGCCCUCGGGUGCUGCCCGCAAAGCUCCAGAGCUGGAACUUCCUGCCUCUGUGGAUGCACUCGCUGAAGCCCUGGGACCGCUGGAUCUCCCUGGUUACCAGCUGCUGCCAGCGGCGCUGCUGCUGCUGCUGCCGCGUGUGCUGCCUGCUCUGUGGCUGUCCCAAGAGCUGCCAAUGCAGCAAGUGCUGCGAGGACCUGGAGGAGGGGCAGGAGAACACCAAGGACAUCCCCAUUAAGAUCCCGCAGGCUGCCUUUGACAACAUGGCCCAAGAUGCCCCACCCGACAAGAUCGUUUCUCACAGCACGGCCUUAUAG